GUCAAACCCAAGCCACCUUCGACGCUGAUAAUCCAGUACUUUGGUUCUGGCGCUUUAUUCGAUAGUGGAAAUACAUUCAGUUUGCAAUUCCUCUCUGGUAGUAGCCAGAAUUGAAGGGCAGAAAUCUAUUCACCAUGGCUGCAGCUAUGGCUUCCUCAAGAGAGGAGAUGGACGUUCCUAUAAAGCAUGAAGUCUCCGAUUACCCCACAUCCUUCACUUCCCCGGAUACCUCCCCAUACCUCAAACGACGCCGAUCAGAGCAAUCACAAGACACGGGGGAGAAAAGGCAGAGGCUUGAUUAUGCUGCCCCAUACUCCAAUGUACCUAUGGAGAGCCCAAGCAUUGCAGACCUGGCAGAGCAGGCUUCGAAGGCAGUGAUGAAGCAAUUCGAGCUGGAGAAUCAAGCACGGAAUCAGACUCAGACGUAUCUACCGCAACCUCCACCACCUUCAAACAUCACCUCCUUUACUCCUGCUCCGACCGAGAACGAGAGUGGCGUACCAGCUGGGAGUGAUUUUAUAUCGGAUCCGUAUCUCUACAUGCGGAUUUUUAGUCUUCCAAUACUAGAAAGCUUGUCUACCCAGAUACUGUCAACUUUAGCACAAGGACCCUAUAGCGAGACCAUCCGAAUAGUCCAAGAUCCAGACUCCGAACUUGGGCAAGCAUAUGCCACCCUGAAGUCGCUCUUCGACCAAACAAAAAGGAUAUAUUCGAAAGAUGGACUUUUUCUCUCCGCAGACGAAUUGAACAUCAAAGAGCCCGAGCACCGAGCCACUAUUCGGACCACAAAUUUGGCUUCAUUCUCGGCGGCAGUAUUCGCAUCUUCCGUUGGGUUCUACGAAUUGAGCUCUUCGUUCAUUGAUAUUGUUACACCUGACGGAGCUUGCCUAGAGAAGGAACCUGGGGAGCUUCUGGUAAACCUGAAAACACAAAUGUACCUGUCCAUGGUUACUUCAGAGGAGCAAACAGAUACCAAGGAGGAUGUGCUAGAAGAGAUGUUCCCAUACGAUUUUGAUGAGGUGCUGAGGCAGCGGCAUCCUGAUAUCCCAUUGUCUCAGGACGAACUUGAAUUUGUAAAUUCAAUAAACAGUCGAAGAGAAUAUCUUAUGAACGAGCCUACGGAUGUAGAUUCAAUACAGGCACUAUCUGAGAAAUUUGGCUGGGAAGGCUUCUUGACUGGCGUCAGCAGCUAUCUGAGGAAGAAUUAUGAACCACUUCUGGCUCCCUAUAUGAAGCGCCAUUCACUUACCGCACCUGCAUCACCUCGACGGACGCCAGCAGCAGAGAAUCAGCAGACCUCUAUGAACACUUUUCAAAGUGCUAAUGGUGCAUCAAGCACUUUCGACCAGGAUAUAUCAGUACAUGCGCAACUUGCUGCUGACGAGGUCCUGAAAGCGCUGGGCUACAACAUUUCUCCACAGCAGAAUUCUGUUCCCACGCAUCAAAGCCAGAAUACCGCUUCGAACGGCUCUCUCCUUCCCCCGGAUCUCAGAAACACUGUGCCAUAUCCCACGCAAAGUGCGCCAACCCAAGUUUUGUAUGAGAAGGCUAGGCGAGCUGCCAGUACCAAGGCGAACACUGCAAGUGCGCGUCGACCUGGGACGCCUAGUCAGAGACGACCAUGGACCAAUGAAGAGGAAAACACUUUGAUGGCUGGGCUCGAUCAAGUUAAGGGACCACACUGGAGUCAGAUUCUUGCCCUUUAUGGACCGAAUGGUUCACUUAAUGAUGUCUUGAGGGAUCGAAACCAAGUUCAGCUGAAAGAUAAAGCGAGGAACCUCAAACUAUUCUUUUUGAAGAGCGGCAUUGAAGUGCCUUAUUAUCUUCAAUGCGUUACAGGAGAGCUCAAAACCAGAGCCCCAAGUCAAGCUGCCAAGCGAGAAGCAGAGCAGAGAGCACGUCUCGCUGGUGAGGAUGAACAGAUGCGCCAAGAAGGCAUCUCGGCUCUCAGUGGUAUGGCAAGUCAGAGUAUGGCGAACGGUGAAGACUUUUCCGGAAGUGCGUCUCCGGUGCAUUCGGAGGACAGUCAAGACGAGGGGGCUGAAGAGUUCCAUGUCGUUGAGCCAGAAAUGGAGGAGGCGCAAGAGACGAAAGAGGCAGCUUUACAGCCGUCAAAGCCUCCCACGCCACCGAUAUUGUCGGAUGAGGAACACCUGCGGCAGAGCCUGAUGGCUGCUAACGCUGGCAAUUCAAUAGCUGGGUAGUGGCUUCUGCCUCUUGGACGAUACAAGCGAGUUUCAGCAGUGGGAAGCAAAGAGCUCCCGUUCCCUCGCACCUGAGAGCAAAGGAACAGUAUUAACGACAGGAUCUCUCAAAAGUGUUCCUAAUGGCAUUCCAUCAAGUCAAACUCAAACAUCUGACCGAAUUUCAUAUACUGGAACCUGAAUUUGUGACUUUUGCGCUUGCGUUUAUCAUGCCUGUCAACACUAUCGCAUUCCAAAAAUGGUACUCGACGGGACAUUAGAUCAAACCGCUUUCGCAGGCCUCGAGGACCAAGAAUUUGCUGCUGCCUAUCACUGCUUACCCGGGGCUGAGCUGUUUGUAAGUAGUGAAUUAUGUAUAGGUAAUUCUUUACCCUCACCGCGUUGUGAAGAUGAGGCAGAACGGGAAGGAAUCAACUGGUUGAGAAGCUCUCUAUUGGCAAGUUACAUGGGUAAACAUAAAAAAGGGCAAUGGAUGAACAUCAACAGACCUUAAGACACGCCGAGUGAACUUUUGCAGCUACGCAGGAAUAUAAUGCGCCAAAUCUUCUAUUAUGAUUAAGUCUACCUAUGGACUCCACAGAGGUUUAAUCAACAAGGUUCCUCCACACCAACAACAAACAACAAAGCAGCCAAGAGAGAACAGAAGCAGAGCCUAAGUGAUGCUGUUAUUAGAAGUCACCUAAUACCCAUGUAUCGCCCUCUUGGUAGAUGGAAGCCUCAAGACAAUUUUUCACGUGAAUUGUCAGUUAAACUUGCCGUUUUGCCGUUUCGCCGUCUCCGCGUUGUUCGUCUGUUGACCUCUGUGUCUCUUCCAUUUCCUGAAUGAUUCACAGCUCCACGCUGGUGAGAGACCGGGAGAGAACGAAGGAGUACCAAUAGCUCACAGGUAUAAUGCAAAAGUUUAAAAAG